AUGACUCGCAACCUUGUUCUUAUAAACGCUGCCAACUUGUACAUAGCGAAGUCAUAUGAUCUAUUUGUUUCCGAGAAUGAUAUGGUUUUUAAGCACAUCAAAAGGAUGAUCCCGCGAACGUUGGAUCCUCGAAGUAGAAGGCUACUGCAGCGACUCGAUACUGAUAAACCGAUUAACGUGAUGGUUGCAAUUUACCGAAUGGCUAUCUGUCUUGAUCUGCACCUUUUGGCUGCUCAGAUAAUCCGCGAGACUGUGUGGCAAUCUUUCCAGACCGGAAUGGGCUCUUUUUUGGAACUGCUUAAUUACCAUAACAUCUCACUAUAUAUUGAUCUGACGUGCGUCAAACAUCCGCAAACAGACGCGCAAGACUUAAGACAGGUGUUCCAUAUUGUCUCGCUUUACGAUAUGGCAGUUACCAAACAUAACAGCAGAGAAAUUAAACAGAUUCCAUUGUAUCCAUUCACCUCGUCGCAAAUCACGGCUAUCCUGGAGAAGGCAUCAUCCAAGGGCUCUGACACAGAACUUUGCAGGCUCGUGAUACGCGAGUUGGGUUCAAAGCUCGCUGGAAAUGGAGAACUCUUUUCUCGCUAUUCUUCGAAUACAGAUACCAAGACAAUGACAGAAAUUGGCUACCAGAACUCAGUCGACGAGUUUCUGAGAUUUUGCUACAGAUUUAUUGAGGAAAGGGCUUCUCGAAAAGAUGCUGCCGCUGUAUACAGCACAUGGCUGGUAAUAGAGCCGUUUCACAACGUAUUUUACAAUUCUGCAUUAGAUACCAUGAACAACAACCCGCAAAAUGGAUAUUACUAUUACCAUGUUAUGUCGAAAAUUGUGAGCUGUUUUUCCAAAAACAAACGGUACAGACACAUGGUUGAUAAACUGGUAAUGAAUCUGCCAAUUGAAGCCAUUAAGGUGUCGCCGGAAUUAAUGGCGGCUUUGAUUUAUCACAGCGCAAGAACAGGUAAUUUCAAACUGGGGAAUAUUUUAAUGAAACAAUACACAGACGAUACGCUUGGUCUGCCGACUAGAUUUUCACCGAACCAGCUGAGUGCCUUGCUUGCCCUUUCGCUAAAAGAGGGUAAAUACGAUAGAGCCCAAGAAAUUCUGAAGUUCGCUAAAGACAACCUUGUACGAUUCAAUGCUAUUGAAUUUAACGAGCUUGUCAGAGCUGCUUUGCACGACAAAAGCAAUGCCACGGCAGCCUGGUCGAUGAUCCUUGCGGCGAAUGCCAAGACUGCGAGGUAUGCGUACAACUCGUACGUCACUCAUAUGAUGGAUACAAAUAAGAUGGAUUUCGAUAAGCUGAAAUACAUAUAUGACCGUGCGAUAACCGGGGUGAGCGAAAAGGACGCUAAUUUCUGGGACUACUGGACGCUGAACUAUUUCAAGUAUAUCCAUCGCAAAUACGGCUUUCAGGCAGGGAUGGCCAUCUACAUCCGUUGUGUAUCCGAAGACCGGGUUUUUGAUGGUCUUGAUUACUACAAAUAUCAGCCUAACCCGUAUCUCAGCAGACAUAACAAAGUUACUCUUCGGUUGAGCGACGAAACACGCCCUUUCAUUGUCCGCGACAUUUUUCAGCGCGCAGUUUCCGACUACAAGCGUGCGGUCAAAGCUAACCAGGAUUACACAAUGGAAAAACAAGCACUGAAGGCGGUGAGCUUAUGGUGCUACCACGAAUGCAAACUGCUUGGACUAAAAGAUUCGGACGUGGCUACAGAUCUGAUAAAAACAAUUAACAAGAAGUCACGGCGUGUGGGAAGCAGCCGACCACAGAAUGCAGACUCGUUCGAAGAAACGUUCUUGACUAAUUUGCUCCAGUACGAAAAGCAGCAUGGAAAAUAG